AUGGAAACUAGUGAUUAUAAUUUAAAAAGAGAAAUAGUUGUAACAGUCAGGCUAUGUAUUUUCCCAAUGCAAUGGACACUGACCCUUCAGGAAGUCAAUGUGGCUUUAGGAGGAAUUGCAACACAAUCUUCUAUAUAUCUAAACUAUUUUCCCGCUAACUUGGCUAUUGAUGGCAACAUAGAAUCUAACUUAGGUUUUUACUCAUGUGCAUGCACAAAUAAGGAAUUCAACCCAUGGUGGAGAGUGGAUUUGUUGGCAUUGCAUGAUAUUAGCCAUGUAAUUGUCACUAACAGAGGUGACGCCUGUGCAGAACGGAUAAAUGGUGCUGAGAUUUACAUUGGCAACUCCCUAGUCAACAAUGGCAACAAUAACCCCAGGUGUGUUGUCAUUUCCAGUAUUCCUGCUGGUGCUUCUGCUACCUACACCUGCAAUUUAAAGGGUCGUUAUGUGAACAUCGUCAUUCCCAAUAUUAUUCAGUUUCUUACUCUUUGUGAAGUGGAAGUUUAUGGAGUUCCAGUUCCUGUUAUUAAAAAAAUAUUUUUGCAAUUAAAGUUUAAAACGAGCGAGGAUCUCAUCAACCCUACCAUUAGGGACAAACGUUCUUCAAAAGGUAUAAAAUCUGCCAAUUUCCAGUCAUCGAUAUUUUAG